CAGAAGGAAGGGCACAAGAAGGGUGCAUGUAGUCAGCAGGGUGUCCUGACAGUAAUAGUGCAUCGUUCCUCUUAAAUACUGUCUGGCGUGUGCUCCCUUUGGAAUCCCGGACCUGAGCGUAUGUCCGGCACGUAGCCGUACGGUCUGUUCCGUUUAUGUAUAGACGAUACCUACUUUGUACAUACUAACAGUUAUAUAGUGCAGCCUCUUAGGUUGGCUGACAUUGUCACAUAUCCAGGUACACUCUAUACUAUCUAGCCACGCUCUUCGCUAUCUCACUGCGCGGCUAGAAGUUUAUCCUACGAGGUUGCUAACCCGCUUACCCUUAUUAGUGUUGUAAGCUGCUAUAGCUGAAGCAAGCGAGGUUUCCAAGAGGCUUGCUUGUGGCUCCGGCACCUCACCAUUCCGGUGGCGAAGUUUCGGAUGCCCACCGCCGAAAGGAAGGAUAAGUUAACCCUUGAGGCACGUCUUAAGAACUAAACAGGCCAAUGGUGGCCGCUGGGAAGUUCCUCCCGGCGGCAGGGCUUCUGCUUCUACUAGCCCAGUUAGUGUCAGGUUCCCUACAAACAACGGCAUGGAACUUGUACUCGGGGUCGUCCUCUACCACUGGGCGCUCACUGACCCAAGAACCGUGGCCACUAUGUAUACAUAGCGACCCCUCCAACUACACAACUGUGACUGCGGAUAUUAGUGGUCCUGCGGACAGCUGCUCCGACCAGGCGGCUUGCCUGGACAUCUUCGCGGACAGCAGCACAUGCAUGGAGCUUUCGGUUUCCGGCACAACCUGGAUGUAUUGCCAAGUUUGCCUUUUCUGGACCGACGCUCGCAACUGUCCCAAAGACGGGGUCGACACCGUUAGCCACGUCUGCGCAGCAGAUCGGUUCUUUGAGCCUGGUGUUAUCGGCGACCUUGGAGAGGAGCCAAUUGUGGGUCAGACCUUCAAGGUGGAAGGCUGGCGCGCCUAUCAGACAUCCCAAUACUGUCAGUGGGUGCGUUGGGAGACCGCGAAGAACUGGACCGAUGUUGCCUUCUCCGUCAAGGAUGGCAACGGCCCUUGCCUAAGCUCCGGCCAGAACCCGAUCAAGGUCAACAUCAACGGUAUGUCCGGCACCUGCUCGGGCCCCCGCUACAUUAACGAGGAGCGGGCUGGCUGCGAUGAGGGUAACCAGGCAAACGAGUGCUUGUGGACUUUCUCCGUCCCUAAGCCGGGCACCCAGAGCUUCAAGUGCCCCGGCGUGGCACCCCCACCUGUCCAACCUCCCCCACCCAAACCCCCAACGCCACCACCGUCGCCACCAAAGCCCUCACCCCCGCCUAAGCCUCCCAGCCCCCCGCACCCUCCGGGCUGGACGAGCCCUCCAUCCCAGCCGCCCCCGCCGCCUCCUCCCGCGUCCAGCGGAGCUGGUGGUUACACAUGCGUGAGCACAGACGAUGCAGACGAUAUGGGUCACUGCCAAGGCAACCUGUGCGGCAGUCUCUACUCCAACAUGUUCAAGAAGGCGCUGGAGAUGGCUCCCGCAGAUGCCAGCGGCAUUCUGGCUGUCGGUGACUUCCAGUCGAGCUCGAACGCCCGCAUUUCGCUGGAGAGUUGGGUGUCGGCUGCGGGCUACCCCCUGAGCAGCAUUGUGUAUGCCACGAGCAAGGCAACCCUGCUUGCUCAGAACCUGACGUCGUUCAAGCUGCUGUACGUGCCGUCGGACAACACCAACACGGAUGGUGGUCUGUCGUACACAAUGAACGAUGCUCUCAUCAGCAUCAAGCCAAAGAUUAUCGACUUUGUGAACAAGCGCGGUGGCUCUUUAAUCGUGCUGACCCAGUCGGGUAUUUGCUGCGGCAAGAGUUACGGUUUCCUGCCCGUGUCCUUUGCCUUCACCGCGGCCUCCUUCACCGACGUUUCGAUCACCAAUGAGAUGGCCGCCAUUUCGACGCAAACCAACAACUACAACGUGGACCACAACUACUGGCACGGCUACUUCACUGGGCCCAUUGACUGGAACGGCAUGCGUGUGGUGGCCUACCAGGCUGACAAGUGCCCCGUCCCCAACGGCCCCAACCAGAACUGCCGCGCUACGGUGCUGUGCAACCCCAAGACCAUUCUCACAUCCGAGAACUGCUACGACAAGAAGGAUAACGAUGGCGAUGGCUUUAUCGACAAGUUCGACUCGGAUUGCUGGCGUUGUGGUGAUGGCGUCGUGGAUCCCGGGGAGCAGUGCGAUGACGGCAACAUCCUGGAUGGGGACGGUUGCUCGUCCACUUGCACGCUGCAAGAGUUCCCGCCGCCUCCCAACUACCCGCCGCCUCCGCCGCCGCCACCCACCAACGACCCGGACAACAACUACUGCUACGGCAAUGGUGGCACGGGUUGCGCCACUUGCAUGGGCUAUUGCGACACGGUUGAUAACUUCUGGUCAAACGGCAAGGUUUGCAAGCUCCCCACGUAUCUGCGGGGAGCUAUGCCGGACGACCAAAUGUGCACCAACGACAUUGGCUUGGUGGCUUUCAUUCAAGAGAGGCUGUGGUUUGGUGAUGACACGGGCGUUACCGAAGUCGGUACUGUAACGGUCUUCCGUACCGUUGGUGGCAUCCUGCACGUGACCGUUCAGACGGACUGCCCGUACCUAAUUUACAGCAACUCUGAUGACUUGUGGGACGACAACCAGUUCUUGCUGAUGAUCUACUCGAUCAACGGCGAGCUGGGAGCCACCACGCUUUCGAUGAGGCGCAACACGACCGGCAUCCAGCGCUACUCUUGCUACACAUUUACCUUUGAUCUGACGGACAUUGCCCCGGACGUCGGAUGCGCGCCUAUCAACCUGGACCUCCGUGUGACCAUGCGCACGAGUUUCUGCACUUCGGGCAUCAACAGCAACGAUUGCGACACGCAGCCCGACAAGCUGUCGCAGACGAAGACCAUUCCCACGAAGCCCAUGUUCUAUUCCGAUCACCCGGCGGCCCCUCCGGAUCUGCCGCCGCCGCUGGCGCCGUCACCGCCGCCGCCACGGCCGCCCAGCCCGAGCCCACCGCCGCCGCCGCCACGGCCGCCGUCGCCAAGGCCACCCAGUCCGCCACCGUCACCCUUCCCCCCGCCACCGCCGCCGCCACCUUCGCCGCCGCCGCCGCCACCUCCUUCUCCUCAACCGCCGUCGCCGCCGCCACCUCAACCCCCUCCACCCUCGCCACCGCCGCCGUCGCCACCCCCGCCGCCGCCACCUUCACCUCCUCCUCCGUCACCGCCGCCGCCGUCACCACCCCCGCCAAGCCCUCAACCGCCUUCGCCGCCGCCACCAAAGCCGCCCGCACCCCCGCCGCCGUCGCCACCGCCGCCGCCGUCGCCAUCACCUCCCCCGCCUCCACGACCGCCGCCACCUAGCCCACCCCCGCCCUCGCCCUCGCCACCACCACCGCCUUCGCCUCCUCCACCGCCUCCGCCUUCCCCACCGCCCUCCCCACCACCGCCGCCUCCGCCUCCACCGCCUGCCCCACCUCCCCCUAGCCCUCCGCCACCCAGCCCACCUCCUCCCUCGCCGCGCCCCCCUGGCCCGCCACCCAGCCCUCCUCCUAGCCCACCACCUCCCCCACCACCGCCGCCGCCACUGCCUCCGAGCCCGCCACCUCCCAGCCCCCCGCCACCUUCCCCUCCGCCACCCUUCCCUCCUCCCCCCAGCCCUCCGCCCCCAUCGCCUCCCCCGCCGCCCCCCCCACCACCCCCAAGCCCCCCUCCUCCAUCACCACCGCCGCCGCCACCCCCCAGGCCGCCUCCGCCCAGCCCCCCACUGCCCCCUCCUCCCAGCCCUCCGCCACCCAGCCCUCCACCUCCCUCACCUCCUCCCCCUCCAUCUCCCAACCCUCCGCUGCCCCCUCCGCCUUCCCCAUUGCCACCCAGCCCCCCACCCCCAAGCCCUCCACCGCCCUUCCCUCCGCCGCCUUCCCCUCCUCCUAGCCCGCCACCACCAUCGCCACCACCCCCUCCGCCCCCUUCACCGCCACCUCCCUCGCCGCCACCGCCCAGCCCGCCACCCCCCAGCCCCCCUCCCCCGAGCCCGCCACCACCAUCCCCACCACCCCCAAGCCCGCCUCCGUUCCCGCCGCCUCCCUCUCCUCCCACGCCCCCCGGCGAGCCCCUCUACCCCUACCCGCCAUCGCCCUCCCCGCCUCCGUCGCCUCCGCUGCCACCAUCGCCGCUGCCGCCAAGCCCCUCGCCGCCCUCGCCGCCACCUCCCUUCCCUCCGCCGCCAUCACCGCCCCCGCCCAGCCCGCUGCCGCCGUCGCCGCCACCACCGCCGCCGCCCUCGCCAGAGCCCCCAUCGCCGCCGCCGCCACCACCACCCUCCCCGCCUCCUCCUCCUCCCUCUCCGCCGCCGCCAUUCCCACCGCCGCCGUCGCCGCCGCCGCCUCCAUCUCCUCCGCCUCCUUCGCCGCAGCCUCCUUCACCAGCUCCUCCCGGUCUGCCACUGCCGCCGCUGCCUCCUUCACCGCCGCCCCCCUCGCCGCCGCCGCCGUCGCCUGGCCCGCCGUCGCCUCCUUCCCCGGAGCCCCCGCUGCCUCCUUCUCCUCCUCCUCCGUCUCCGCCUCCAUUCCCGCCGCCACCCUCGCCCCCGCCGCCACCUCCCAGCCCUCCGCCGCCCUCUCCUCCCCCGCCCAGCCCUCCGCCGCCCAACCCACCUCCUCCAUCGCCGCCACCGCCUUCGCCACCGCCUCCUCCUCUCCCGCCCCCGCCCGACCCGCCUGCCAACCCCCCGCCCUCGCCACCCCCACCCCUGCUCCCUCCUCCUCCCUCGCCGCGCCCUCCUUCGCCGCCGCCACCUUCCCCUCUGCCCCCAAGCCCCCCACCACCGUCGCAGCCACCGCCAUCGCCAGCCCCUCCUUCGCCCCAGCCUCCCAGCCCUCUGCCCCCCUCACCUCCCCCGCCCAGCCCCGACCCCCCGCUGCCGCCACCCCCAAGCCCUGAGCCGCCCUCACCCCUGCCACCCAGCUCUCCGCCACCCUUCCCUCCCCCGCCCAGCCCGCCCAGCCCACCCCCGCCAUCGCCCCCUCCUCCCAGCCCGCCUCCCCCGGCACCCCCGCCGCCCUCGCCUCCUCCUCCCUUCCCCCCUCCGCCCUCGCCUCCCGGCUUCCCGCCGCCCAACCCGCCCCCGCCAUCUCCCCCUCCUCCCAGCCCUGCCCCCUCGCCUCCGCCCUCUCCUCGCCCGCCUUCGCCUCCAUCACCUCCCCCGCCGCCUUCCCCUCCUCCUCCCCUGGCACCACCCUCUCCUAUCCCUCCAUCACCCACGCCCCCGCCGCCGCUGCCUCCUUCCCCGCCACCCCCCUCGCCCCCGCCGCCCCACCCGCCGUACCCACCACCACCCACCAAGUGCGACUGCUCCAAGCUGGUGGCUCCCGCUGAGAACGCACAGUGCCCGGACAACUACCGUCUGCUCAACUUCAAGCAGGCGAACGUGGACCGCUACGAUACGUCGUACAUCCCCAUCCGUGCUUGCGUGCCCACCCUUGGCUACGACAACGUCACGGACAUUUACAAGAUCGCCUUCUGCUGGAACACCAACUGCCCUCUGCUGGCUCCUCUUGCCGGCGAGGCCCUCCGCGUCUACAUUGACGAGGUCCCCAUCGAGCCCGCCACCGGCCCCGACCGGCUCUCCAACCAAUCCGUGGUGCUCACCACCCUCACGCCCAAGUGCGUCAACAAGUCCUCCCACACAAUCAACUUGGUGAACAAGGUGGGAACCUACCAGCUGGGAACGGCGCAGAAGCUGCUCACCAUUCCGGCCCCUGGUUUGGACACUCUGGACAUUGAUAUCACCACGGAUGCCGGCUGCAAUGACGAGUGGGUGGUGAUUGCCUUUGUGCCGGUGCACGACUCUGGCGCCUACACGCCUCCCAUCCCGCCCGCCUCUUGCCCGUGCUGGGAUCGCACUACCAACGGCACCUGCCCUGGCAUCAAGGUUCCUAUCCUGUUGGAGACUUUGGACAUCACGAACGGCAUGUCGGUCAUGCAGUGCAUUGACCCGGCCAACUAUGACAUUUACACCGGCCGCAUGGCUUACAGUUACUGCUGGCGCUACGCUUGCCUGCCCUCCAUCUUUGCCACCACGCGCUUCAAGGCGACCUGCAAGGACCUGGAGCGCUGGAACAUUGCCAAGAUGGACGGGCAGUUCAAGCUGGCCAUGCAGCGCACUGAGGGUGUCUACAUGACUGUCACGGGCAAGCCCAAGACUGCCAACACCUCCAACGUCGUCUACACCGUCCAGGACGACGGCACCUGGAUCACCCUUCCCACGGGCGGUGUCGGCAACUUUACCUUUGAGUACGUCAUUCCGCCCGGCUACGAUGACCUCUCGGCUGCUGUGGUCAUGGACACCUCUCCUCGUCCGCCACCGCCGCCCUCGCCUCCUGGCAACCAGGCCACCACCUGCCCCUGCCCGGUUCUGCCGGAGAACACGAUGGGCGGUGCGCCGGGCCGCUGCAACAGCACGUACGCUACCAUGACGGUGCGCUUCACCAACUCGUCGGAGGGCAACAGCACCUUCUAUCAGUGUGUGCCGUGGCCCAACUACGACCUCUUCACGAGGGAGUUGGCUUUCAGCCACUGCUGGCGCUACGCCUGCCUGCCCCAGGAGUUCUACGGCAAGGCCUACACGCUUUCCAUUGACCAAGUCAGCAAGCACAACAUCGCCAUGAUGCCGCCCGCUUCCUACCAGAUGAUCUUCCUGCCUGCGCCGUUCGGCAUGCGCAUCGAGGCCACACUCAACUCGCCAAGCGUCGGGGCCUCAACCUACAACUCCACGGUCGGAAGCCCGGUUGUGGGAGGCAAGAUGCAGACGGUGAACGUACCGCCGCUGUCCAACAUGACCAUCAAGUACUACAUUCCCGCGGUGUGGGGUGCGGAUGGUCUGGCUGCGGCGAUGAUGAUGCGCAUGGUGACAGGCACGCAGCACCCGAGUGCGCCUCGUCCGCCCAGCCCGCCGCCUUCGCCACCGGCGCCGCCGCCGUUGCCAGCAAGCCAGCCUCGCGUGCUGAUUACGACGGACUUCAUGGUGACUGCCAACGUCUCUGUGGACUCGCUGGUCGGCAACGGCAUCUCGCACUCCGGGUACUACGUCACCGUGCCGGUUACCUUCUACGACUACCUCACCAUGCCCGACUGCUCCGAUGGCAGUGCCGAGGCCUUCAAGCAGACCGUCAUGCAGUCCCUCAACCUCACCAGCACCGCCAACAUGUUCGUGUCCUGCCGCUACGCCGCCAACUCGGCCGGCGAGAUCAUCGCGCGCCGCAUCAUGCGUGCCGCGAACUGGGUCAUGGAGAAGGUCGGCCUGCGGGAUCGUCGUGACCUGCAGGCCACCACCAGCAGCGAUGCGCUGAUGAACGUGCAGCUGACGUACGUCACCGGGCCCAACACCAACAUCCAGCAGAGCGCCGUCAAGAGCUGCUCUGCGGUGGCUUCCCUCACGGGUGCUGAUUGCGACGGCACCAGCGCGACCACCAAUCUGAAGCUCUCGAUGACCAAGGAGAAGUCCGCCAAGGACACCACCGACAGCACCGCGGCUUGCGACCAGGCCACGAUUGAGGCCCAGUACGCCAUCCUGUCCGCCACCUCAAAGGUCGCCCUCACGGACGUCCUGCCCGUGGCUUGCAGCUCGGUGGUCAAGGGCGCACCUCAGUCCGCCACCACCGACGGUACGCCCUCGCCUAGUGGCAGCACCCCGAGCGGCAGCUCUGGCGGCUCACCUAGCGGCAGCUCCUCUCCCUCGCCUCCUCCCGCGGAGUCGCCGACCAAGUCCAAGAGCAAGGUCAGCGUCGGCACCAUUGCCGGCAUUGUCAUUGGCGCAGUGGCGGGUGUGGCCGUGCUGGCAGUCAUUGGCCUCACCAUUAAGGCCAAGCUGGCGCAGGGACAUGUGUCGUACGUGGACCCCAACAGCGCCCGCCCGGGUGCCCGCCGCUGGCGCACGUACAGCAUGCAGAGGCGCGCCGAGGAGGCCAUGCAGGGUCGCGGCCCGGUGGCUGGUGUGUCCGUAUACACUUAAAUAUCUUAAAAAAAGAGGAUGGAAGGUGGAAGAACAGGAAGGAUGUUGGGGAUGCUUGUUCGUACUUUGAAAGGCUCCCCUAAUGGCGCAUCAUGUUUGGAUCACUUUUCGCGCCUAAAGGUGCACACGUGCCUUUGAGACGAGGCGUGGCGUGGCGCGUGGCGCGAGAAGUACGUGCACGUGUGUGGUUGUAUGUCGUAUUUUGGAGUGGCUGGUGGACGGGGGGCAGACCAACGUCUGCCUUGUGGCUAGGCAGGGCUGCGUCCCUUGUGUCUAGUUGUACCAAAUUGCGCUGGAUGGCUGCGUCGGUCCUGGCGCUUCUGUCGGCAUGUUGAGGAUGACCCGUGGGUCGCUUUCGUGCAGCCGACCCACGAACGGCAAUAGGAGUCCCCUGCGUAAGCACGUUAUGUUGUACAUGGAGGGAAGAGGGGACAACAAGUGCCGUUGGUCAUGUGUGGUUUGAUGGCGGUCCAGGCGUUUGCAUACUUUCUGCCUGGCUUGCUCCAGUUUCCCGCCAAGCGUUAUUUGGACAGUUCCCAAUUGGGUUGCUUCCCGCAUGCUGUGCAUGUGGCAUGGCAUGCCUACUUAGGAUCGCCGUGGAUUCGGCUUAUAUGACGUUCUACACAGAUGAGAAAGACUCGCUGCUUCUGCCCAACUGCUUGCAGUCUGCAUUCCGUACACAAUAUUCUCUGUCUUGCGUGCAUCUUCAUUGGGACGGUAAAUAAAAUACGAACGCCCGCGAGUCGUGACAGAAUCCCGAAUAUUAUUGCUGCUGCCGGCUUAUUGUAGUGUGUCUGUCUAUGCGCGCGCGUUUAAAGUGAUAAGCUUUUGUGUUGGCCCGCGGUACACGUGUAUUUGUGUUUCGGCGAGCACUUCUCUCCUGGGUUGCGCCCGCUAAUAACACGCACAUGUGCAGUUGCUAAGUCGCUGUCACCUUGCGUGAUGUAUUGGUCAGGUCGGUCCAAAGUAUCAAACAAUGGAGGCGUGUGCGUGUGUCAUACGAAUAUAUGGUUGUAGCCGUACCGUUACUUUCGCUUGCCAAGCGCUGCCUGGCUUGGAAUGCUUUGCAAUCAGACCUAUGCGUGCGUGAUAACACUCUUCAAGUCGCGAAGUUGCUCAGGGCUUACGCUUAAAGGAGCGGAUCCGGUGCCGCUUCUGCAGGAUCGUGUUGGUAUUGUUGUGUCCGCGUUGUUUCGCCAACUUUAUCGUAAGGAGUUGAACCUCCAAACAAAGCAUCCACAUGUGUGUUCGGGCAGCAAGUUUGACCGGCCCUUGGGGCCUUGUGCCUUACUGGCUGUGUAGGAAGGCUUGCUGCUACUGCUGUAUGUUUUUGGGGCCCUACCUCUAGGUGGGAACCCUAGCUGACACGUGUCAUUUGGUUGUUCAUAUUCCGGAUGUGGCCUCAGCGGUCGUUUUCCCUUUCAAAUCUGCUUACCGUGCUUGACAAAAGUACAGAGUUUCCUUGCCGCUGUGAGCAUUGCGGUCACAUAUAUAUAUAACCAACCUGCAGGAUUCGUGCCUUAUUGUUCAGUUUUGUCGGAGGGCAUUGCAUGUACGUGUGGCCUUGGGGGCCUUUUGCCCUUGAGGUCGUGCGUGCGUGGUUUGGCCCUGUUGACGUUUGUGUGGUCUGGGGUGCAAGUUGAGGGGACGGAGCGAUGCCAUACCGGUAGUUGCAUAGCUCCCUGUACGUCCCUGCUCCUCUGCAAGACCUGUAAAUCC